CAAAAACUCGAAUUAAUCAGAGAGCAGAUAGUUAAAAGUCUUGGUCUUUCCUCGCUCGACAAGUCGUAACCUUCUCCGGAAACCCUAGAACCGAUGAAGAGUCGUUAGAUAGAUACACGCAUCGUCGAUGAACACUUAAAUUGCACGCUGCUAGGGUUCUAUCUCUGAAUUCACACAAUCUUCAUUAUUCUGAGAAUGAGUGGUUCUGGGAGGAAACGUGUUUCGAAAUGGGACUCCAAGCAAGAAGACACUCAGAAUGGAGAUGAUUACGUUCAGAAGUCGGGUUCUUAUUACCACGACAAAGAUCCUGUGCAUGCAGGCUUCUAUCCGGAGGGUAAUGGUAGAAACGGAAGCAUGCGAUCUGUUCCUGAUGAUGAUGACGAUGGUGAGCAUCUGAAAUCUAGACAACAUCCAGGAGAAGCUUGGCCUCCCAGAAGCAGAGUUUCACAUGAAGAAGGUGAUGCCACCAUGAUGAGUUACUAUGAUACUAGAAAGUCUUCUGAACAAGAUGAAAGUAGGCAACCGUAUUGGGGCGACAGGCCUCGUACCCGUAGGAGUGCAAGUAGAAGUAACAGCAGGAGCCGUAGCCGUAGUCGAAGUCCAUUGCAGAGAGCAAGGCGAGAUGCAGGAGGAUCCUAUGACAGACACAAGACGAGAGCAAGGGUUUCACCACGGUCAGGAAGAGAUGUUGAUGGUAGAUACAACAGUAGAGAUGGUGGCUAUGAUAGAGAUACCAAAUACUAUACUGAAGAUUCACGAGAACAGUAUCCCUUGAGGGUUGGUGGGAGGUCUGAUUAUCCAGAGGAUCAUAGUAAUUCAAGAAGAGAAACUUCAGAUCCUAACUUGAGAAGCCACAGAGACAGAAGGGACGUUCCUGAGAGAGAAUACAACAGGGUCUCCGAUGUACCGUGCAGGUACUUUGCCUUAGGGAACUGUCGUAAUGGCACAAGUUGCAGAUUUUCUCACCAUGGUGCUCCUCCUGCGAGGAGAAGUCAUGAGAGAAAGCCGCAAGAGCAGAUGUUUAGUAGACAUGACAGUAAUAAUCAUAGUGGCACAACAGAGAGGAUGAGGAACAAUCAUAAAUGGAACGAAAGGUCAGAUACAGGGAAGUCCAGUGAGGGAGCUAAGGGUAAUAAUAACAAUGGUAACUGGAUUGAUGAUAUGGAGAUGUCUCCAGAUUGGAACUAUGGGGUUAAAACUGUAAAGAAGCCUCUGAACGAAGAGCAUGGGGUAAUUAGAGAUACUUUAGCACCUGCUUAUGAGCUUGGUUCUGCAGCUACAUCUCAGCGCAUGGGUACGUUUCCCACUGUGGGAGAAAAGGCUAUAGCUUCUUCGCAUCAUGGUUUCAGUAAUAACAUCUCUAACACGGCUCCUCUAGUCCAAGCAUUUAGUCAGAACAUUGAGAAUCAUAGUGCAGUGCCUUACCAAAGCACACCACUAGCUGUUGGAGGAAGUCAAGUGCUGCUACCUCCUGCUGCUGCUGCUGCCACUCAUCUUCCCGGUGCCUUGAACUCGAGCAAUCAUGAGACUGGAAGUGCUCAAAACACUGUGAGUAGGGAAGAGCUUAAUCAUAUUAGUAACAUCUCAGCAUCUCUAGCACAGUUUUUUGGAAAUGGGCAGCAGAUUCCGCAGCUUCAUCCUACUUUGAACCCCAAACAGGCAUUGCCGGUGCCUGAAGUAUAUGUAAAAGAGGAUCAGUCUUCACUUGCUCUUGCUCAAAGUGACCUCCUUAGUAAUAACUCUAUGCAAGCCGGAGUACUUCCAGCUGUUACUGCAUUGCAGAUAAAGAGCAACGACAGUUUAGUCUCAUUAGCUGGAAAUCCAAAGGCUUCUUCUGAGGAAAACAGGGACAAAAAGACAGAUGAAGAAGGUAGCAAAGAACCAGAUGUGAGAAAGACUGAACAAGAAGAAGAAAAAGAGACCGCGGAGGAUACUGAGAACGUAGUAGAGGAAGAAGAAGAAGAUGAUGAAAAUAAGAAGAAAGAAAAAGAUCCCAAGGGAAUGAAAGCAUUUAAGUUCGCUCUUGUGGAGAUUGUUAAGGAGCUUCUAAAACCUGCUUGGAAAGAAGGUGGGAUGAACAAGGAUGCUUACAAAAACAUAGUCAAGAAGGCAGUUGACAAAGUUACAGGCGCAAUUCAAACGGGAAACAUUCCUCAGACGCAAGAGAAGAUCGACCAUUAUCUAUCCGCUUCAAAACCGAAGCUUACCAAGCUUGUUCAGGCAUACAUUAGCAAAGUGAAGAAGAGCUAAUCUGUAUGGUAUUCCAUUGUUUCUUAAUACAAAACCGCCAUAACAGAUGGAGCUGCCGAGAAAUGUUAUAAAACUUCUGCUUCUCUUCAGGGUUUAGAUAAGGAUCACGCAAGCUUGUGUUUGCUUCUUGUUGUGUGUAAACAUACCAGAGAGAUUUUGUUAGAGAAUUUAAGAUUUUUAUUUAUUUAUUUAAUAAUUGACUGGAAAUUAGCAGACCAAGCCAAAAGCUGCGUUUUAUCGUACUGUAUUGUCCGAAGCUGGAUCAAGUUUGUUUCAUGAUUUUAUCUAAAUAUCUGUCUUGACAUGUUUGUAACGUUUUUCAUUCUUUAACAGAGCACAUG